AGGGCAGCAGGGCGCAAUGUCCGCAGCCAUCUCCAUUAAAGAAGAAGAAUGUGACCGGAAGAGAUUUACAACUUCUGGUGCGCGCUGUUUGCUGUAAAGUCGUGUUGGAGUUGCGCGUUGGUUUUUGUUUAACAAUCACUUGGAGAUAAAAACAUGUACGACCAGGACGAAGAUCCUCAGUACGAGGAGGACGAUGAUGAAAUCACUCCGGAUUUGUGGCAGGAAGCUUGCUGGAUCGUCAUUAGCUCUUACUUUGAUGAGAAGGGUCUGGUAAGACAGCAGCUGGACUCUUUUGAUGAGUUCAUCCAGAUGUCGGUUCAGAGGAUUGUGGAGGACGCACCACCAAUCGACCUGCAGGCUGAAGCGCAGCACACCUCAGGAGAGGUGGAGGAGCCGCCUCGUUACCUGCUGAAGUUUGAGCAGAUUUACCUGUCAAAGCCCACCCACUGGGAGAGAGACGGAGCUCCGUCUCCCAUGAUGCCCAAUGAAGCCCGACUGAGAAACCUUACGUACUCUGCCCCGCUUUAUGUUGACAUCACAAAGACUAUCAUAAAGGAGGGCGAGGACCAGCUACUAACUCAGCACCAGAAGACCUUCAUUGGUAAAAUUCCCAUCAUGCUUCGCUCCACCUACUGUUUGCUGAGCGGCCUAACGGACCGAGACCUGUGUGAGCUUAACGAGUGUCCGCUUGACCCCGGAGGUUAUUUCAUCAUCAACGGCUCUGAAAAGGUGUUGAUUGCUCAGGAAAAGAUGGCCACCAACACGGUGUAUGUGUUUGCCAAGAAAGACUCAAAGUACGCCUACACGGGCGAGUGUCGGUCCUGUUUGGAGAACUCGUCCCGUCCCACCAGCACCAUCUGGGUCAGCAUGAUGGCCCGAGGAGGACAGGGAGUGAAGAAGAGCGCCAUCGGUCAGAGAAUUGUCUCCACGCUGCCGUACAUCAGACAGGAAGUUCCCAUCAUCAUCGUAUUUCGAGCGCUGGGGUUCGUGUCGGACAGAGACAUCCUGGAACACAUCAUCUACGACUUUGACGACCCAGAGAUGAUGGAGAUGGUGAAGCCAUCUUUGGACGAAGCGUUUGUGAUCCAGGAGCAGAAUGUUGCUUUAAACUUCAUCGGUUCCAGAGGAGCGAAACCCGGUGUGACGAAAGAAAGAAGAAUAAAAUAUGCAAAAGAAGUUCUGCAGAAGGAAAUGCUGCCACACGUCGGAGUCAGCGACUUCUGCGAGACCAAGAAGGCCUACUUCCUAGGGUAUAUGGUCCACAGGCUGCUGCUGGCUGCUCUUGGCAGAAGAGAGCUGGACGACCGAGAUCACUACGGCAACAAGAGAUUGGACCUGGCGGGGCCGCUGCUGGCCUUCCUGUUUAGAGGCAUGUUUAAGAACCUGUUGAAGGAGAUCAGGAUUUACGCUCAGAAGUUCAUCGACAGAGGAAAAGACUUCAAUCUGGAGUUGGCCAUUAAAACCAGAAUCAUCUCAGACGGCCUGAAGUACUCACUUGCCACUGGGAACUGGGGCGAUGUGAAGAAAGCUCACCAGGCCCGAGCCGGAGUGUCACAGGUGUUGAACCGUCUGACCUUCGCCUCCACUCUGUCUCACCUCCGCCGACUCAACUCUCCCAUCGGCAGAGACGGAAAACUGGCAAAACCCCGACAGCUCCACAACACGCUGUGGGGGAUGGUGUGUCCGGCCGAGACGCCCGAGGGUCACGCCGUGGGACUGGUGAAGAACUUGGCCCUCAUGGCCUACAUCUCUGUGGGCUCUCAGCCGUCUCCCAUCCUGGAGUUUCUGGAGGAGUGGAGUAUGGAGAACUUGGAGGAAAUCUCACCCGCUGCCAUUGCAGAUGCCACUAAGAUAUUUGUGAACGGAUGCUGGGUCGGAAUUCACAAAGAUCCUGAACAGCUGAUGAACACACUGAGGAAACUCCGUCGACAGAUGGACAUCAUCGUAUCCGAGGUAUCGAUGAUCAGAGACAUCAGGGAACGUGAGAUCAGAAUCUACACGGACGCAGGAAGGAUAUGUCGACCUCUUCUGAUCGUAGAGAAGCAGAAACUACUGCUGAAGAGGCGCCACAUUGACCAGCUAAAGGAGCGGGAGUACAACAACUACAGCUGGCAGGACCUGGUGGCGAGCGGUGUGGUGGAGUACAUCGACACUCUAGAGGAGGAGACAGUGAUGCUCGCUAUGACCCCUGAUGACCUCCAGGAGAAGGGCGUGGCCUACUGCUCCACUUAUACGCACUGUGAGAUCCACCCGUCCAUGAUCCUGGGAGUCUGUGCUUCCAUCAUCCCCUUCCCCGAUCACAACCAGUCCCCCAGGAACACAUACCAGUCUGCUAUGGGAAAACAGGCCAUGGGAGUCUACAUCACCAACUUCCAUGUCCGGAUGGACACGUUGGCUCACGUGUUGUACUACCCUCAGAAACCACUAGUCACCACCCGGUCGAUGGAGUACCUGCGCUUCAGAGAGCUGCCUGCAGGGAUCAACUCCAUUGUGGCGAUCGCUUCGUACACAGGAUACAACCAGGAAGACUCGGUGAUCAUGAACCGGUCUGCCGUCGACCGAGGCUUCUUCAGGUCAGUUUUCUAUCGAUCCUACAAAGAGCAGGAGUCUAAGAAGGGUUUUGAUCAGGAGGAGAUCUUUGAGAAGCCGACACGUGAAACAUGUCAAGGUAUGAGACACGCCAUCUACGAAAAGCUUGAUGAUGACGGCCUCAUCGCUCCCGGCGUGCGUGUCUCCGGCGAGGACGUGAUCAUCGGUAAGACCGUCACCCUGCCGGAGACCGACGACGAGCUGGACAGCACCAACCGCCGCUACACCAAGAGGGACUGCAGCACCUUCCUGAGAACAAGUGAGACUGGCAUUGUGGACCAGGUGAUGGUGACUCUGAACCAGGAGGGCUACAAGUUCUGCAAGAUCAGGGUUCGCUCAGUGCGGAUUCCUCAGAUUGGAGACAAGUUCGCCAGCCGCCACGGACAAAAAGGAACCUGUGGAAUUCAGUACAGACAGGAGGACAUGCCGUUCACCUGUGAGGGAAUCACACCAGAUAUCAUCAUCAACCCUCAUGCCAUCCCGUCCAGAAUGACAGUUGGCCAUCUGAUUGAGUGUCUGCAAGGCAAGGUUUCCGCAAACAAAGGUGAGAUUGGUGAUGCAACGCCGUUUAAUGACGCUGUCAAUGUGCAGAAAGUAUCCAACCUGCUGUCUGAGUAUGGAUACCACCUGAGAGGAAAUGAGGUUCUGUAUAAUGGGUUCACGGGGAGGAAGCUGACGUCUCAGAUCUUCAUCGGUCCGACUUAUUAUCAACGCCUGAAACACAUGGUGGAUGAUAAAAUCCACUCGAGGGCCCGUGGACCGGUUCAGAUCCUCAACAGACAACCCAUGGAGGGCCGGUCACGUGAUGGUGGCCUGCGCUUCGGGGAGAUGGAGCGUGACUGUCAGAUUGCACACGGAGCGGCUCAGUUCCUGAAGGAGCGUCUGUUUGAAGCUUCUGAUCCGUAUCAGGUUCAUGUGUGUAACCUGUGUGGACUGAUGGCCAUCGCCAACACGAGGACACACACAUAUGAGUGUCGAGGCUGCCGCAACAAGACCCAGAUCUCUCUCGUUCGGAUGCCGUACGCCUGUAAGCUUCUUUUCCAGGAGUUGAUGUCGAUGAGCAUUGCUCCUCGUAUGAUGACGUCAUAGAGCUGCUCCUCCAAUGGGACGCCUCCCUGCAUACCUUAAAUCAGCUGUAGUUUCAUGUUUUUACAAUUUCUUGUCAUUAUACUUUGUUUCUGUAAAAGUAGAAUAAAUCUGUUUCUUAUA